GACCAGUCAAACACACUCUCCUUCCUUAUAUGGCAGCAGAUCUCCAUGGUAACGUGUGCUAAGUUGCAGCAGUCGUGUCAAAGUUCACUAUAUAGAGGCUCAGUGAGCUGAUCAGAGAGAAAGCAUUCAGCCUGCCCGGCUCCAACCAAAUCACUUCCUCACCUCCGCCUUUUUAACAUAUUCCAUCACUUUCUAUCUUUAUUCUUCUCUCCUGUUAUUUCUCUGUGCACGGAGGAAGGUUCUGCAGGUUGUGAUCUCUGCGUGGUUUUUUUUGUUUUUGUUUUUCGGUGCUUUCGCUUUUUUCGCUGGAGAGAGGGGAAGAGAGUUUGUCUUCAUAUUCCCGGACUCUGAAAUCUUUUUUGGCUUCAGCUGCGCGCUUCCCUGGCGCUGCCUCACAAGAAGAAGAAGAAGAAGAAGAAGGAGGAAAAAAAAAAAAAAUCAGAAGAGGAAGAAGACGCGUUUUUUUUUUUUUAAACCCAGUUGGUGAUUUUCUUCAAGACUUGUGCUGGAACUUGAUAGUCGGUGCUCACCAGUUGUUCUGUGCUGCUGCUGCUGCUGCACCAACCUGCUCCAUGAUCCGCUGAUAGUCCUCUGCUACCUCGGCUGAUUAUCUCAAUAUUUGCCCUCCUCUCCCAUUGAUGGCUGUGCUGGAUGGCUGACUGUAAGCGCCCCUGGACUUGGCCUUUAAGCGCAAGGCAGCGACUCAGCUCGCCAUCGCAUCAGUUUUGAAAAACGUGCUUCGCAACGUCUCCCACAGCAAUAAACCGACAGUUUCCCGGAGGUUCACAGUGGAUCCGACGUAGGCUAGACUUGACGUUCCCCGUGCCUGGCUGUUCAAAUCACAGUUGCUCGCGUUUCCCCGAGACGUCUGUUCACCGCGACACCAAAACGGCAGACAAAAAGUUUCUUUACGUUGACUGAUAGAUAUGGCAAUGGUAGUGUGGAGAGGCUCCCAGGACGAUGUGGCUGACACCCAGGGCACCCUUUCCUCGCAGACCCAAGGAGGACUAUCCCUGCCCACCCCUCAACCAGGCCAGUUGAAUCUGUCAUCCUCUCAGGUCGCCCCUCCGACCCCUCAGACUCCGGUGCAAGGACCCCCGAACAACACGCAGUCCACGCCGACGAACCAGACGACGCAGCAGUCGGAGAAGCAGCAGCCGCAGCACAUCGAGUGCGUGGUGUGUGGGGACAAAUCCAGUGGCAAACACUACGGCCAGUUCACAUGCGAGGGCUGCAAGAGCUUCUUCAAACGGAGCGUACGACGGAACCUCACGUACACAUGCCGUGCCAACAGGAAUUGUCCAAUCGACCAACACCACCGCAAUCAGUGCCAGUACUGCCGCCUCAAAAAAUGCCUGAAAGUCGGCAUGAGACGGGAAGUUUCUCUUUUUACUGCAGCGGUGCAAAGGGGACGGGUGCCACCCACACAGCCACAUCAUGGCCAGUUCGCCUUGACAAAUGGAGACCCACUCCACUGCCAUUCCUACUUAUCCGGAUAUAUCUCUCUUCUGCUGAGAGCGGAGCCCUACCCGACGUCCCGGUAUGGCAGCCAGUGCAUGCAGCCCAACAACAUCAUGGGCAUCGAGAACAUUUGUGAACUAGCGGCCAGGAUGCUCUUCAGUGCCGUGGAGUGGGCCAGGAAUAUUCCCUUCUUUCCAGACCUCCAGAUCACAGACCAGGUGGCUCUGCUGAGGUUGACGUGGAGUGAGUUAUUUGUGCUCAACGCCGCGCAGUGCUCCAUGCCCCUGCAUGUGGCUCCUCUCCUGGCGGCGGCUGGCCUUCACGCCUCCCCCAUGUCCGCGGACAGAGUGGUGGCCUUUAUGGACCACAUUAGGAUCUUCCAGGAACAAGUGGAAAAGCUCAAGGCUUUGCACGUUGACUCUGCUGAAUAUAGCUGCUUAAAGGCAAUUGUGCUCUUCACCACAGAUGCUUGUGGCCUCUCAGAUGUGGCCCAUGUGGAAAGUUUGCAGGAGAAGUCCCAGUGCGCCCUGGAGGAAUAUGUCCGGAGCCAGUAUCCAAACCAGCCAACACGGUUUGGGAAGUUGUUACUCCGCUUGCCUUCCCUCCGCACAGUCUCCUCCUCGGUCAUAGAACAGUUAUUUUUCGUCCGAUUGGUAGGUAAAACCCCAAUUGAAACUCUCAUCAGGGAUAUGUUGCUGUCGGGGAGCAGUUUUAACUGGCCUUACAUGUCAAUUCAGUAAACCAAGAAGGAGACGAACAAACAAAAGGUGGGGUUGGAGGCGGGGGGCGGCGGGGUGGGGGGGGGGGGCUGCGAGACUACAAUGAUUAUAGCUGCUUUUGUGGAAGGAAUAAAAAAGCAACCGGCUGUUACACGGGGCUGGCUUUCAUGAAGAAAGACAUUGACGUAAAUGACUGUGAAUCCCCCCCUACUCCAAAAAAAGAAAAAGAAAAAAAAUUGAGACAUCCACUGAACUUUCAAAAUGGCAGAUACAAGCUCCCAGUGUUCAUGCAGAACAACCUGUGUCGAUCCAUUUUAUAAUGAAAGAAGAAAAUAAGGAGGAAAAAAAAGGAAAUUUUGUUCAUCCUUAUGAGGAAAAAUUUAAGUAUUAAGUGCAUUUAAAAAUGAUGAUUUGGGUAAAAGGAGAAAAAAAAAACUGGAGAAAGGGAAAAAUACGAAACGUGAAUUUUCUUUUUUCUCUAAUGACUUGUCCUGUGUCCAUGUAUAGCUGUGUUUUGUACUUUCUUUGUUCCUCCUUUCUGGUUCCAAACCGGCCUAUGUGAUUUCUGUAGUACAGGUGUUGUUAUUUUCUAAGACAAUGAUUUUUAUUUGAAAAUGGUGAAAUAAUGUUUGAAAAAAAAAAGGAAAAAAAAGUUCUAUAAAGAAUUAAAACCACAGCAAUAGGAGUAUAGGCUUAUAAUCUAGGCUUAAUGCUGCAAGCGCACUUAUAAUCUUAGGAUGACCAUUACCAUCUAGGGAAAAAAGUUUUUUGGGGGAGGGGGCUCAUGUUCAACUUUAUGAUCCAGCGCAAACAUUUUUGCUCUUUAUUAAUAUGAAGUUAUUGGAUCCACUUUUAUUUUCCCACUACUGUCCACAUAUUUAAAAAAACAAAAGGUUGAUUUGACACAAUUAAAAUUAUUUGGCCCCAUGUCAUUCAGCUCUAAAUAUUUGGCAUCAGUUCCCCAAUUGGAUACAAUGUAAUAAAAAAAAUAAAGUCCUACAAGUUGCAUAUACCGAUAAAGUUUUAAAAAACAUUUCGCCACAUGUGCACGUAAGAGCGUUUGCAGUAGUUGCAACUGCAUUGAAAGCAUAAACUGACUUGUUUAAGAAUCUAUUGCAGAGGUCAAGGGUCAUAAAAGUUUGAAGCCUAGCCAGAGUAGUGUUUUAAUAGCAGUAUUAUUAAAGCGUCCCUGAAAUGUCACCCUUUAUUCACUUCAAGCAUUAAGUGCCUGACAAGCAUGAUGUGAUUUCUUAUCAAAACCUUGUUAAAGUAGGCCUACAACAUUUCUUUGGGGGGGGAAACAGACAUUUAGAUUUGAGACUUCAGUCGUGUGUUUGACUUGAAGAAGAAGAGGAGGACGAAAACAGACACUGAUUAGAGGCAGUAUUCUUGUAAAUAUAGGUCAAUUCAUUUCAACGAGUUUUUUCCUUUAUACAAAGUAUAUGUGAUUAAGAAAAAAAAAUCUGUGGUUGCCAUUUUUUUUUCUCGGUAAUACAACGUCUUCAAAAUUGAGUGGCAGACUUAGCUAGUAGCACUGAAAGUUCUGUUUUUAAUGUAUAUACAUAUUACUACAAAAUGUUUUCUUUUUCAUGUAUAUUUAGACUGUGAAUGCAUGGCCACAGGUCGCUAACCUAUUUUACCUUUGAUAUAUAAAUGUAAAUGUUUUCUCUCUCUCUCUCUCUCUUUUUUUUUUUUGACUGUAUAGAUAUAAUCUGUGCAUUCAGUACACUAGCCCUUGUAUUUAAAGAAACAGAAAAAAAAGAAAGAAAAGAAACGACGUUCAUUGUUAGGCUGCAGACUUAAAACAGGGUGAGCAGGUUCGGAAAAGGAGUAUGAUAUUUUAACUUUAGUGUUAUUUGCUCCUUUUUGUUCUGGUCUUUUGACAGGUGCCGUGGUGUGCGUGAGCGUGCGCGCGUGCGUGCGUGCGAGAAUGAGUGCGUGCGUGCGUGCGUGCGUGCAUUUGGAAGCUAGCAAAAAAAAAAUACAUUUCUUUUUUUUUGUUGUUGUCCUUGUUUUGGAGGCUUUUCUUCCACACACAGAGAAACACCAUGUUGUGGUUGAAUUAAAAAGGGAUCACUGAUUGAACACUGAUCUUCGGCUGUUCGUGGCCACAUAUGGACCAGAGAAUGAUACAUGAUUGUAAUUAUGAACAGUUUAAACUGACCCACGUUUUUAUAUAAAUAUAUAAAAAUAUAUGACUGCAGGGUAUUGAUAACGUAUAGAUACUUUUUUUAUUAUUAUUAUUAAUUGCAAGUGAUAUAUGUGAGUGUGUGUGAAAGUUUAUAGUUGAACACAAUUCUUGUUUGUUUGUGUUAGCUUAUUGUAAACAAGCAUUCUGCUGUAAAUUUGUUCUUGGUAUUAAAUUAUAAUUUAUGAAUUUGAAA